CUUGUAAGUAUCUGGUGAUGUGAUGCUGCAAGUUGGGUCUGCCAUGGCGACAAAGCCGCACACAGGCACUGCCUGGAUACCCAGCCCCUCUCUCUCUCUUUCGCUCUCGCUGUGUUGCGAGACAUGUCACGUCAACCAACUACGAUAAGCGCAGUAUGUCUCAUGCACUCGAAAAAUGAUGGCUGUUAUUCCCGGACAACCUCUCGGCGGCGUGGGUUACCACCUACUCGCCAGCUCAGUGUUCGCAAGUGUCUCUCUCUCUCUCUCUUUUGCGCAAGGAAAACUUAAUCGUUGCGGAUCUUCAUAGAACUCUCUGCUUUUAACCUUUUUGCACCUACAGUCUGAGUAAUAUGACCCGCCUGGUAUACUCUGGGAAGCUUGCGAUGCUUGUUCUGUGGAAAUCUUAUCUAAGAUCAUCUUUUGGGCAGCGGGAACGAGAUGGGUCGGGGGAGGGGGGCUGUUUUUUUCUUUCUUGUCUCCUCAAGUGACACACUCACUAGCCAUACACUAGACGUUAGCCCUCACUGACAAUCUAGUACCAAAAGCUCUGAGUCAUGGCUUUACAUCAAGCG